AUGGUAUUAGAAGAUGUUGAUCACCCAUUCAGUGACAUGGCUAUGAAGGAGAAAGCCAGAGAGGCUGAGAGGUGGACCAAGUUGAAUGAGGCUGUUCUAGAGACAGUUGUGCCAAUUCAGUCACUUGAGGUCAAAGAACAGACUGAAAUGCGGGCUGAGUUGGAUGAUGCCAUCCCAUCUCUGUCAGAGAAGAGUGCAGUUGGGACCUCCAGUACAAGGUUGGCAAUCCCCCAGGCUCCAUCGUCUGCCUUGGAGCAGAAAAUGGAUGACAAACAAUGGAAACAACUGAACAGGAAUGUGUGUGUGAAGAUGAGCAGAGUAGACCUUUCUGCCAAGUGCAAGGACACCAUAGGAUUGGUGAAGGAGUCUACGGCCCCUGUUGUCAUUUCAGCGAUUGACCUCGACAUGGAGCUCUCAGAUUCAUCAAGCACUUCCUUAUCAGGAUAUGAGAAGGCGAGACAGGUGACCUUCCUCAACCGGAGUGUCACAUUCAGCCAUAGUGGGGGAUCCAGCAGAUCCAGCACCCCCACAUCUGACCGCUCCAGUCAAUCGUCCUUGAGCUGUUUGUUGAGGGAAGAUGAGUCGAUCUUGUAUGACUCCUCGUCUCAGGGUAGCUACAUAGUAACGGGACACAGUCCUCAGUCAGCACCUCUGCAGUCCAUGUUUGGAAUCUCUGAAGACUCUGUCUUCAACAUGGUCCAGAGAGGCCAGUCGCCGGGUGAUAUCCCACAGCCAUUCAGGUUGAGUGGGCAGAAGAAGAGCAGGAGUGUUGUAAUGUCAGCAGACAGCAGAUUGUUGAUAGGUGUUGUGGAGUUUGUUGUGAGCCUUCUAAACAGUAAAUUGGAUGAUCUUAUUCUAAGAACCGAUCAGGGAACUCGGCGGCUUGAUAAUUUUAGUAUCUCAGUCAGCCUGCAGUUGGCUCAAGAAAUGCUAAAUAUGACAACGGACAUAAUGAACUCUCAUGCAAUGGAGGACGUAUCAUGCAGCCCCACGUCUACCUUGGAAGUAGAGAGGGAACUCAAGUCUAUUUUGGGUCCUUUGGCUGGACAAGUGAUAAAAAUCGUCAUUGACAGCAUCUUCAAUGCGAAAGCUGACAGAGUAAAAAAGGGACAAGCGACCAGCUAUUAUUUUCUCACCGCCAUUUCAUCAGAAAUACAAAGCCUGGUGGUUCAGAACUCAGUCAGCAGGCCAGCCAGUAGAACAGACAACAAACUGUCCAACAGAGACCCAGUAAUUAACAUUUCCAAAUCAAAGGUAUUAAGAACAUUACAGCUCAGGAUGGCACAGUUCUUUGGCGAAGGUUCAAAUGAAACCAAUAUAGUUCCUCUAGUCCGCAGUCAGUCGAACAACCGCAUUUGUGAUCAGACUUUGAACGAAGAUGUUUAUCCAAGUAAGAUUCUGACUGACAACAGCAUGACAACACUGUCCUCUGAGGUUUUAGACCUUGUAUUUGACAAUGUCCUGCAUGAAUGUGGAUUAUUGGAUAGUCCAUCAAGGCCACACAGUUCUCCUUCCUACCACGCAGAGCGUGGAACAAAAGAUAUGAGCUCUUUUGCUGGGGACUUGAUCAGACAAGUGUCAAUCAAACUCCAAACAUUUGUUUCUGAUAGUCAACUCUCCACCAAACCCAUGACAUCUCUGUCAGAAUCUCUUUCUGACUCUACCUUGAAGCAGUUAUGUUCCUGCUCGGCUUUUACUACCACAGCUGUCUGUCAAGCGAUCAAAACAGAGCUUGAGAAUGAGUUGAGUCUUAACUCGGCUUCAGAGACUUUAUCCAAAACCAACCUGGCAGCCAGCAAUUUUAUUUCAACUCUUCUACAGACAAUUGAGGACAUAGAUGUUGCUGACAUCCUCCAGGGCCCUUUGGAUAUUUUUGAGGAAGCUGCUUUGAUAAACCAUCCAGAGUUGUCCAAAUCAAUGAUAUAUAGGUCUUUGCUUAUUGAUUCACCUCUCCCGUCUUCUGCGAUGGUCACCAAGAGUAUUGUCUACCAACAUCCACAGCUCUCAGGGGAAAAUGUCAUUCUUCAGAAGGACCUCAUAGCUGAUGAUUUACAAAUCAACUGUAGUCAACCAGUGGAAGAGUAUAUCAUCAAAGCUGAGGAAUAUAUCACUCAGGUCAUUCAGGAUGCAGCUUUAACAUAUACUGCUACACUGAAUGAAAUCCCCAGUUUUGGAGAACAAUCAGAAAUUCUGUCUGUUUCCCCUAGGAAUAUUGCAAUUAUAUCCUCCAUUCUCUUUGAAGGUAUUAUUGCAGACCUGCGUCAAGUGUCUCAGGUCAAUAAGACCUCCACGUGUACAAAAUCAGGUCGCAAAAUGUUCUGGGAGGCCGUUAGUUCAGGUUCCAAAAAGAUGUAUGCAAAAACCCUGGACAAGCUAAAUACAUUUUUCAGAAACGUUGUAGGUAGAGACUUUGGAAAAACUGCAAAGGAGACUCUCAGUCAGAUCCUUAAGGUGAUCAAGUCCAGAGUUGUCAACUCUGAGAGUUCACGUGAGGAAUGUCUGAUAGCCACAAACAUGUUAAAUUCCCUUCUGGAGAGCCUUGAACAGUUGCCUGACGCAUGCUCUUCCAAUGAAACACAGAGGAAAACAUCCCCUACAAGCAUUUCCAUAGACAGCUUUGCCCAGACGUCCGUUAGGAGUCUCAAUGGACAGGUCUUGGGUAUGUCAACUACCCGUAACAGUGUCAUGGACCAGGUCACCAAAACGAUGACUCCACCAGUGUUUGACAGCUUGACUGAGGUGUCCUCGUCCUCAGUGGAGCAUGUUAUUGUGCCCAGGUGGCAAACACAAGCACGUCCAACUACCUCAAGCACAAGCAUCAUCGCCAGUGACAUCACUGACAGUGAUAUUGACAGUCUUGGACCUGUGGAGGAAUUGUUGACCAGGAAUGUUAACCCAUCUGAUGCCAAUGCUGAUGGCAUGUCUCAGCUGCCUUCUGCUGGAGGAAAGCAGAUUUAUAAGACCUGGAAGUGGUUUUGCCUUCCCAGAAUGAAGAUCAGCAGCAAGUUCAAAAGAACCGGGAAACCAAAGAACCAUUCGGAAAAAGAUGUUUUCCCUACCAAAAAGAUGUGGCGUUUCCUAACCAGAAUGCCUAAAAUACCCAAGAUCAGGAUCAAGGUGUUUAUGAAUAGAACAGAACCAGUGGACCAAUCUCAGCACAAUGUGCAGCCUACCAAAUGCAUCAGCCAGUCUCGUAUUUCACUCGGUAAGUUAUCUCAUUCCCAAACACUUCUGACCAAAUUCCCAGAAAAAGUUCUAUCAACAUCUCCACCAAAGGAGGACCCAACACCCAAACCACCUUCUGCUGCCCAGGGGUCCCAGUCCCGUAAAUGUCCAUUCCUGCUCUCCAUGUUCCGGGGUUUCUUCAGACCAAUCAGCUGCUUUUCUAGCAAGAAGGACUAG